AUGAGGGGUCACAGGGAAGCGAUCUCGGCGGCUUCGCGUGUCGCGUCCUCUUUGGCGCGGUUCGCCGUUCAGCCCUCCCCCGAUGCUGUCAGCACCAGCGCCGCAUUUAUGCGGCAAUCCGCGCAAAGCGCCGCCUCUCCCCCCUCCGCGUCAGCCUUCCGCCUCUCGUUUGCGCGCGGGGUGCGCACUCGCCCGAAACUGCGCGUCGUGCUGACAGCGGAGGUGGAAGGGCUCGGAUUCGCGGGCGAUCAAGUGAACGUGCCUGCUGGCUUCGCCCGCAACAAGCUCAUCCCUCAGAAGGCCGCCCUGCCCGCCAUCCCCAAGUUCCUGCGCCAGGUGCGCCUGGCCAUGGAGGCGCAGGGGGAGGCGGGGGGACAGGCGCAGGGGGAACGGGGGGAGGCGGCGCGGGGGGAGGCGCGGGGGGAGGACCUGGCGGAAGCGCGUGAAAAGGCGCGGGGAGGGGGGGGGGAAGAGGGAAGAGGGGGCGAGGAGGGGAUUGAGGUGGUUACGAUGGAGGAGAGGGUGAAGGAGGCUGAGGAGAUUGCAAGACGACUCGACAGCCAACGAUUGGUCCGUUAUCCCUCCCCCACUCCGCUCCUAUCCUCUCCCUUCUUUUUCUCCUCACCCUUUCUCUUCUCUCCCCACUCUCUCCUCUGUCUCCUCUCUCCUCCCUCUCUCGAAUUAUGGCUCUCGUCAGCAACUUCUCUCGCUUCUUACUUUCACCCUCGCAGCUCUCCUUCUCUCAGCCACAGCCUUUUCCCCUUGCAUUCUCUCAUCUCCCUUUCUGUUCCCUCUCACUCCCUCUUCCCUCUCACUCCCUCUUCCCUCUCACCCCCUCUUCCCUCUCGCUCUCUUCCCUCUCACUCUCUUCCCUCCCACUCUCUCUCAUCUUGCUCUCUCCCCUCUCACUCCCUUCCAUCUCAUUCCCUUCCCUCUCACUCGCUUCCCCAACCAACCCUCGCAGUUCCCUCGCUCUGUUCUGCUGCCGGGGGAGAGAGAGCAGGUCCAGUUGGACGUGCGUGUCAGGAGGUGUUGAUUGUUUGA